AUGGCAUCACGACGGUCUCAAUUCCACCAGCAGGUGCUCAUCGACACCACGCCUCUCCCGGACAACAUCCCCCAGGUCCAGGAGAUUGGUGCCUCCUCUGCGCCUCUGCUGUCGGCCUCCUUCUUCAUCGGCGCACGAUGCCGCGACUACAACGAUGAUUACAUGCAGUGCAAGACCGAGAACCCCGGCAAGGGAGAGCUGAACUGCUUGAAGGAGGGACGACGGGUAACCCGCUGCGCCCAGAGUGUGCUCAAGGACAUCAACACACACUGCUUAGCCGAGUUCCGCAAGCACUGGGAGUGCCUCGACAACCGAAACCAGCAGCUCUGGCAGUGCCGUCCCGCCGAGUGGAAGCUCAACAAGUGCGUUUACGAUAACUUGAAACUGGAGAAGAAGAUUCCUGAUCAGCCCGCCAACGUCACCCCUGUUGAGCUGAGGCCGAAGCAGAUCUUUGCUGACGUGAGGAUUGGGCCUGGUGAUGGCAAGCCUUUCAUCCCCGGACAGUCGGAGGCUUCACAGUGA